GCGGGACUGUGGAGGGCAUUCUGAUACUGAGGGGAACUGACUUGGUGUCACUGAUAACACCAGUGACACCAAUACAGUGAUCAGUGCUAAUAAAAAGCACUGACACUGUACUAAUGGCACUGGGCAGGAAGGGGUUAACAUCUGGAGCGAUCAAAGGGUUAACAUUAUGUGCUGUGUGUGUGCUUCACUGUAAGCACACUGCUUUGUAUGGCUCUGCUAUGCAGAGCCAUACAAAGCAGUCUGCAGGAGCUGACAGGAGAGAGAACUGUAUUGUUUAUAUACAGUUCUCUCCCCCGUUGAAAUGCAAAAUC